CUCUUUCAUCCACAGAAAAUUAAUGCUAUGCCUGCAAAUUCCGCUGACAACGUUUUUCAUAUUGAGGAGACUUUAAAGUCUUCCCUCAAUUUUAAGGGAACAAUUGAUAGCCAAAUUGCCUCUUCCUCAAAGAAGAUUUUAUUGUCCCAUAUAGGCUUCCAGCCUGCUGGACAACCAUACAGUAUACAGCAAGAGAAUUUGAGAGCGAAGUACGUUCCAUUGAACUCCUUGAAAAAAGUUGGAUCUGAUCAUGAACUUCACUUUGAGGCAAACAUGAACACAAAUGGAAAUAGUGUAACUGAGAGUAGUAGUGGUGAAAGUUUGCCUAGUCCGAAGAUUGUGUUGUAUCCUGAGGAUAAGAUUAAACUACAAUGGAGAAAGGUGCACAAGAUCGGCUCAGGACUGAUCAACAUGGGAAAUACCUGUUUUCUGAAUUCCACCCUUCAGUGUCUAACUUACACUGCACCUCUAGUCAAUUACUGCUUGAGUGGGGAGCACAGCCAAUCAUGCAAACAGCCAGGGUUUUGCAUGAUGUGUGAACUUCAGCGUCACAUUAGAAGAUGCUAUGAGAAUUCUGGAUCAAAUAUAAAACCUCAGGCAAUCCUACAGAAGUUGAAAUUGAUAGCAAAGCACAUGCACUGGGGUAGGCAGGAAGAUGCUCAUGAAUUCCUGAGAUAUGUGGUAGAUUCUAUGCAGAGGUCCACUCUAAAUGGUUACACAAAGCUGGACAAAUUCAGCAAAGAGACAACAGUGGUUAACCAAAUCUUUGGAGGAUAUCUCAGAAGUCAAGUUCAAUGUCUGCGAUGCAAAGAAAAAUCAAACACAUAUGACCCAUUUAUGGACCUUAGUCUAGACAUAAAGACAGUGCCAAGUCUUGAAAAGGCAUUUGAAAAGUAUGUACAGCCAGAAAAGCUGGAUUGUGACAAUGCAUACAUGUGCAAUAGAUGUAAACAAAAAGUUCCUGCAUUGAAAAGAUUUUCAAUUCACAAAGCUCCAAACGUUUUAACCAUCUCUCUGAAAAGAAACACAGAGAUGAGUGAAUUCGACUGUGGCUAUGGAUUGCGACAAACAAGACGCAGUACAACUGCAACAUUUGACUACAGUAAAAUGGUACAGGGAAAAAUUGGCAGACAUGUGCACUUUCCAGAAAAGCUGAAUUUGAGGCCUUAUAUGAGUGCAAAACAGGGUGAUGCGAUACUGCUCAAUUUGAACGCUGUCCUUGUACAUUCUGGGUACACGGCAAACUCAGGACAUUACUACUGCUACGUCAAGUCCUCCAAUGGGGUCUGGUACUGCAUGAAUGAUGCCAAUGUACAGCAAGUCAGUGCUAGUCGAGUUUUAGGUGCUGAAGCUUAUGUCCUCUUUUACACCAAAGUUCGUAGUGAAUACAGUACAUCUAAGCCCACCCACACCAUCACAAUGGCAAACCAAGCAAACCAUGUAGACAACAAAAACAAGUUCAAACCUCUGAAUGGAUUAACAAAGUACACUAGCACAGACACUGGUGUUACCAUUGCCAGAAGUACUUCCGUGCCCUCUGUUUCUGGACCUACCCCUUCCAAGACGGAGCCUAAAUCCUUAUCAGCAGCCUCACUAUUGCCAGAGAAAAGGGACAAGAUUGCGUUUGGUCUGACCAAAACACCCAGUCUGAAUCCAGAGGAACCUAAGGACAAAAGAAUCAUUGUGAAAAUUACACAUGGACAAGUGUCAGCCUGGGAAGAGUCUCGGAACGGCAAAUCCAAAAUUGCUAAUGGAGACAAAGUGAGUUCAAGACUCGUGCCAUAUGGUGAUGACUCCGAGUCUGAUGACGACUCGGCUGCCGUGAACAGAGGGAAGAAGUCCCCUCGUGUCAACGGAAAAAAUCAUGUGCAAGACCACGUAGUGUUCGAUGAAAAACUAAAUGCCACCACAUCUGUGCCAGGAAAUACUCAUCUGCUGGAAACCACAUUAAAGCAGAAGGGGGAAAUCCAUGAAGCUGCCAACAGGAGGAUUGAUGAACUGAAUCUGAUGGUGAAUAAGGCCAAGGAGCACAAGGCUUCAAAGACCUACAGUGAUGACAAUGGAAUUCAGUGCGUUAGUGACAGCAGUGGAGGAAAAGUGAAGGCUACCUCCAACUGGCAUGUGCUGAGCCAAGACUGUGAUCCUAGUCCCUCAGUGGUCUCAAACUCCAGCCGGGAAAGUGUUAACUCUACAUCUGGCUGGGACAUCAAAGAGAAAUCCGAGGCUCCCAACUUUGACAAGGUGCCCGACAGACAACACCCAGGGUGGAAGAUCUCCAAGGAAAGUGAACCCAAACAGGAGGCUUCUGAUAGUUCCUUGUCAGCACAAGUGAAAAAACUCUUUGCAGCAAAGAAGGAGGACAGUCACAGCAACCAUGACUCUGUCGUUAACCAGUGGAAAGACAAUUCAAAUUCUUUCUUCCAAAGCAAGAGCGUAGCCAUGUCUGAGAAUCAACCACUGUUGGCAGACGUUGACAUGGAGGAGAGAGUGUCCACCAAAAAACGCAAGAAGCAUAAGAAGCACAAAAAGGAGCACAAGGAUGUCAAGUAUGAGCAGCUCGUCAACGAGAGCACCUCUAGUCUGGAAGGUCACAGCAAAAAGCACAAGAAAAAGAAGCACAAGCACAAGAAAGAGCACAAGCACUCCAAGCACUCAGACGACUCCGAGGAGGAAAGGCGCAGCAAAAAACACAAGAGAUCUCAUGAUGAUGCUGAUGAGGAUUCUGGGAAGGAAAAGAAAAAGCGCUUGGAUGAGGAUUCCUAUGUGUGGGUGGAGAAAACAAAGGAUACCAUCAGGCAGACCAAAUCAGACAGCAGUGUUCUGGUGCAGUCCUGGGAUCACCAUGUCAAGGAUGGUUUCAAAAAGUCCAAGAGCACUUUUGGCGAUAGCAAAUCUUACAGCACAUGGGAUGGUAGCCGGUCAUCCAAGGUGGCAGAGGAACUAGAGAGACAGUCCUCAGCUGUAGGCUAUGGAUCCUCAGUGAACUCAUGGGAAGGUGGCAAGAGUACUCUGGAUGCUGAGGUUGAGAGCGAGAAAAAAGAUCGCAAGCGGCACUGGUCAGAUGAUUAUGACGAGGAGUUGGAUCAAGGCAAAACCAAGAAAAUCAAGAAAAACCAUUCUGACUACAACGUCCACUCAGGAUACAAUCCCUUCCAGAAAUACCAAGACCACCGCAACUAUGACAGCAAUAAAUUCAAGGGUGGAUUGAAUGGCUCUCACUCCUUUGGUGGACACAAUGGCAAUACUCAUCACCAGGGCUAUCGUAAUGAUGAUCAUCGCUACCACCAACACUUCAGCUAUUCUUCCAAGCAUGCAUACAAGGCCUGAGUUCAUUGGAUGUGUAGAAGAAGCCGGGGAAAGAAUUGUGCUUUAUACUAGAGCUGUGUUUUCUUGCUCAUACCAGGAAACAUUUUAUAUUGCUGCUGAGCAGCAAAUCUUGAGGGAAAUCGGAUGACUCGUUAUUGAAGGAUAACGACGAUAAACUUUUCUCUCUACCUCUCCUUUUUUUAAUGUAAAGAUUUUAAGCUGGUUAACUUAUUUCAUUUGUUAAAUUAAUUAAAAGAGAAUUUACCUGAUUUAGUUUGUGGGCUUUCAUUUUUUAGAGAAGUUAAAGAGUGAGAGCUUGAAGUGGAGAUUUUAUUAUGAGAAGUAUAUGUGAAUGAUAUUUUACUGUGAUUGACAGAGAAAGUUCAAAUAUCUUGUAAAAUGUGUGCGUAAUUAGUAAUCUGAUGUGAACAUUUUUUAAUUCUAUUUUUAAAGAAGAUAUUUGCAAAAGGUGUGCUGAAGGUGAAAAUUUAUGGACUUAAAUUCAAUACUCCAAAUGAGAUAAACAGGAAUAAAAUGUUUAAAAAAAAAAAAAAUCCUUUUGAUUAAAGGUGAUUAAAAAAACAUGUAUAUCGAACUAUCAGUCCUUCAAAAGAAUGUGAUGAGAGUGUUGUAGAAGUUGGUUGAUAUUAAGUGCUUUGUAAUCAUGAAAAUGAUGCUAUUGAUGAGGUUAAUAGUAACUCUCCUUAUGUCAUAUUUUGUGUUCUUAUAAGUUUCAAUACACUUAUUGUUGGGAGGGUCAAAACUUGUCUAAGUUACUUUUUUUUUUUUUAAAUCAGGUUGAUCAUUUUGUAAAAUCAUUUUUUCAUCAUGAUUAUGAGUAUAUUUGAUGAGUAAAUGUGUAUAGUAUUUAUAUUAGAACAUUACUCUGGGAAAACAUUGCUUUCUUGUUUGAAUGUGUGACAGGUUCCAAAAAUACCAGUGAUACAUAUUAUUGUACUUGUACUUACAUUCAAACCUACAUUUUGUGAACUCAUUCAUUCAGAUCAAGUGAAAAGGAAAUCAUGAAAUAUUUGUUGCAUAUCAGAGGACAAAAAACCCAGUUUCUAUAUGUUAAUUAAAUGUGUAGUAAUUUAUAUCACACAUGAAUUUUUCAGGGAAAUGUGCAAUUGUAAAAUGAAAGCAUGUAGCAGAGUAGAACUUAAUUGCUUUGUAUUGUAUCACUAAGGCUUUAAAAUAAUAGUGCAGUGUUUAUACUGAUCUAAUAUGGAGGUACUUACCCAUAUUAAAUUUUGGAGUUUUAUAAUAUUUCAAGUAAGAUACAUUUUUCUAGUCUGCUGUAUUUUAGGACAAGGAAAAUGAUUUUUCUUGCUCUUGUUUGUCUAGAAUAUGUUACUUUCAUUUUGUAAGGUUUUUGCUCUCCUGAAACCUAGAUACACAGAUAAGUGAAAGUGUGUUCUAUUUUGAAAAGUAGAGGAAGCUUUGUUAAAAUGCCAGAAAUAGUUUUUCCUCCUUUGAUUGGUUGUUUUUGAAAAAAGUUUUUUUCAUUUUUUACUCAUUGCAUAAACCAAUAUCUCAGGCAAAAAUUACGGAUUUAAAAAAAAAUAUCUUUGUCCAUAGGAAGGUGCUACCAUACAUUUUUCUAAAUGCUGAAAGGAGAGAAUUUCUGACUUGGAUGGUAGAAAUGUUGUUCUUAUAAUUUGUGCCAUUUUUAUUUUGUUCUCAUUGCAUGAUAGAAAAUUAUUUAUUUCUUUUUUUGUCGGGAAGAACGAAUUUCAUAAACGAUAUAAAAGUAAAUAUCGAUUGCUUUUUUUUUUUUUAUGAAAGACUUCAUGCAUUUUAAUAUUCUUAAUUGAUACUUAUGAAUUGCCGUUAUCAAUCAUUUAUCCAGUAUGCUUGUUUUUGAAAAGAGUUUUCUUUUAUAUGAAGUAUUUGGAUGACGAUUUUGAUGAAUCAGGUGAAAAUUGUAAAUGGAUAAAAUUUAAUGAGUAAAUAUUUUGAUUAUGCACCAGAUAAAAUGGUGUAAAGAUAAAUAUAUAUAUUAAGUUGUAAUGUUUUUGUGAGACAUCAUGUUUAUUUAUACAUUGUAUGCAAGAUGGAAUACAAUUAAAUUGUUACAAUUAUGAA